GUCUGAGAAGAGUUAUACGCUGUGCUGAGUUCUGGCCUUUUAAGAAAUUCUUAAAGAAGGUCAGUGAUAUAUGGAGUAGAAUGCAAACCCUUCUGAGGAUUCUGUCACUGUUUCAGGUUCUGGUCUGUGUGGAGAUGAAGAACCAGUCUGGAAAUGUUUUGACUGUAACAGAAGGAGGCCGUGUGGAAAUCUACUGUAAUUAUCCAGAUGGAUAUAAAUAUGUGAUCCACUACUUCUGCCAUCAUCCAUGUGGUUAUUCUGAUGUUUUGAUUAAAACUGAGAGAGCUGAUAAAGUCACCUCUAAAGGCAGAUACUCUGUACUAAACACUGCGUCUGCACGGAGCUUUUCUGUCACCAUCAGAAACCUCAGAUCAGGAGACUCUGGGGUUUAUUACUGUGGUGUGGAUCAAUGGGGAAAAGAUACACUCAGUGAAGUAGUGGUUACUGUCAGGAAAGUUACUCCUAAGCCCACUGCUGCUCCACUGUCUACUCUGCAAACCAUCACAGACCCAUCCAGUGUCUCCACACUCACAAAGAUUACUGCAGAUUUUCCAGCAAAUAUGAACAAACAGCAUCCACAACACAGCCCAUACAUCCUUCAGUCCUGCAAGAGCUUCCUGUUUAUGGACGGGUGCUUGGUGUGUUCCUGUGCUGUGCGCUUGUGGCUUUUGUGGUUCUCUACAGAAGGCCAUCCAUUGCACACUCAACAUGAGGCUUGCCAUGUUUAUUAUGAGAUGUUGGCUGUGUACAGUUUAGCUGGCCCAGCUAACAUGGAGGACCCAUCAGGAACCUGCAGCAUCAUUCACUACACACGCUCAACAGAGGAGGACUGCUCUACAUAUUCUCCAGUAGCUCCUCACUGAAAUGGCAAAGAGCCUGUCUCAUUCAGCAUAUUAACCGAUUAACAAGCCACUCAUGCUGGGUAAAGUUAGAAGAGGAAAAAUAUUAAAAAUGUGGGGUCUUCAGGACUUAAAUAUUAGGCAUAAAGCUAAAUAGAUAGUAGAUUUUUAUAUUUGUAGCUGAUAUUUGCCCAACCUUCAAAACACUUUAAUUCUUAGAAACCGACCUCCAUGCCACAUAUACACAAAUCUUUAGUUUCUGAAGCUGCUGUUAAAAUUUUGGCUUGUGUCCCUCUACCUAGCACUUCAGUAUGCAAGUAUGACUGUCUACUGCUAGUUUUUGAACUCUGUAUAUAUACUUGAACUAAUAUAUAUUGUGAUAAACAAAUCAAAAACAUAAAAUGCUUGUCAGAGAGACAUUCACACCUGUAUUAGAAUUUAACAGAGAGGGGCUCAACAGCGUGACCCUCCGUAUUGCCACAGUACAUUCACCAUGACUGAAAGCGCACUGUGCUUUCAAUACAGGAGAGAUAGAACAGAAACAAAGUUGACUGUUAGAGAAAAGGAAGCCACACUGUGCAUUAUUUGCUUCAAUCUCAGUGUGUUACCCUGACUGAUGUGGGUUUGUUUAGGCAGAGGGCAAGAUAAGAAAAAGGAACUCUAGUGCACAUGAUGCUUUCACACAU